AUAGGAUUAGAGGUCACAUGACAUGUUCUUUUUCACAUGACUGCGGAUGCGAUCGGAAGCAGACAUGAAUUCUAUUUGGAUUGUCUGUUGUGUCCUUAUUUCUCAGAGUUUAGCAUAUAAAACAUAUUAUCUUGACGAAAAUUGCGGUAAAACUCUAGAUGUAGACACAUAUUUCCGACUUCAGGCGUCCAGAAAGACCAAUCUGCAGUCCGGUUUGAACUGUACCGUGGACCUUUUCGCCAGGUCAGGGAAAAUCGGGGGUUCUGCGAGAAUCCUCGCUCGCUUCCUUAACAUCAACAUGCCUUUCUCUUCGGCUGUAUCAGGGUGUGACAGAGUCAAGCUAGAGCUCCACGAUGGAAUUAGAAAUGCAACGCUGCUCACACCCCCCAACGGACUUUGUGGAGACUCCUUUUACAACACAUACAGCUACGUCACUGUCAAGGACAGCUUUAUGACCUUUACCUUGACAACGAACCCUUCACCCCAAACCGGGUCAUUUGAUGCUAUCAUCACGAAUUUUCACGAAGUUGAAGGAGAUGAUAAAUGUCUAAAUAACUGGUGGAAAUGUGGAAAUGGUCGUUGUGUGGAUCCGUCAACCAAAUGCAACUCGUUUGAUAACUGUGGAGACAACACUGACGAGACGUACGAGAAAUGCAAACCAACAAUGUAUUUCUAUGAAAAUUGUGGACAAGAAAUCCAUGUUUAUGAUGCUGUCCAUUUAAAACUGAAGCGAAGUGGCAAUAUGUUGAUACCUAACACUGUGUGUGACAAUAUUGUGGUGGCCCACGGGAAAUCACAGGGUAUUGGCCAGCCUGCGCAAGUUUAUGCCCAUUUCCGGUCCAUCGGCCUUCCACAGCCUGUGUCUGGAAAUUGCACCUCGGCUAGGAUUGAUGUCUACGAUGGAUUACGAAAUAAAAAGAGAAUAUCGGAUGGUGAAGGAUUAUGUGGUACUGCCUUAUCAAAAUCCGACUUCUCCACAGAGAGUGAUAAUUUUAUGCCUAUUGAAUUCACCACAGAUUCAACCUCACAACAGGGAAAUUUUGAAAUAACACUCACUAGCUUUCAUACGGGAGACUGUAUAUCAGGGGAGUUCCGUUGUAGGAACGGACGGUGUGUGGACACUACAGUACAGUGUGACGGUUACCAGAACUGUGGUGACAAUAGUGACAAUGACAGUGAACUGUGUGAUAUCGUCACGGCCCUGGCCACGGGGGCCAUUGUCGCCAUCGUGUUGUCCGCCAUCUUCCUCGUUAUAUUUGUCCCAAUCUGUUGUAUUGUUCUUAUAGGGAGACGUCGAAGGAGUAAUUACUCUGGGAUAUAAACUUCUGUAUUUAUUUAAAAUAUUUUCAUUAAUAUGUGUCUCUUGUCAUAAUUUCAAGACAAUAGUUUAUCAUGUGGUGAUAUUAAUGUCAAGUCAUUGAAUGAGUUAUAAAAGUGUACUUAUGGCAACAAAUACUAAUACAUUUAUUAAUCAUACACAGACGAUAAUGGUUAUAUGUUUAAAUUUAGUGACAAGCGUUGUAUGAAAAAAAUGAGAAGGAGGUUACAAAUAUACGUUUUU